AUGGCACCUCUCCAAUACGACACCAGCAGUGCAGCGGAAAAUGACCUGUCAAGCUCGGCAAGCAACGACCACAUCUCCGUGGACCUGGAUAUCGAUGACUCUGGAGUGCCAUUGACAUCCGCCACUGAAACGAGCGAUUUCUACGUAGACCUGCAGUCGCCACCGCCUCAGACGCAAUCCAUGCGCCUGCGUCUUCGCAAGCAAAAGUCGAACAGCAUCUCGAUGCUGUCGGCUGAGGCGUCCGAGAAACUACGUCGUCGCGUAGCUCGCGUCAAGAAAAAUAAACACCCGAAAGAAAUGCGAGUAUUCAAGCAGCGUCUGCAGCUGGCAGUACGCUUUUCGGUGGGAGUUCUAUUGGCAGGGAUGAUCCAGACCGAAGGCAACGAUCGUGAGUGGAUGUUUCUGCCGGCCAGUUAUUAUCUGGGAGGCCUCACAGUCGCCUCCAUGAUGGUCAUCUACGCUGCUUCCAAUACGGUGGGCGGUGUGCUCGAACAAGUGUGGCAGAUCGACGUUGGUGUCGCCAUUGCACUUUUCUACAACUUUAUUGUGUUCGCUUGCGUGCCGAUUACCCAAGGAGACCUCAUGACCGUCUCAAAGAACAUCAACGGCAGCACGUACUACGUGAGUCUGCAAGACUGGGGCGUCACGUUGCCACUGCUUGCGCUCUUUACGCUGGUGGUUCUACUCUCACCAAUACAAUCGAACGUCAAGAAGUUCGCAGUGAGCACGAAUCUGUACUUCACUUUGACUCUUGUGGACCCGAUGAAUCCUGUAUUCACGAAUAUUCUCAAGGACAACUCGCAGGGUAACAGUUAUUACGGCACGGACAACUUACUGAAGCAGCUGUCGAUUUACAGUGCGGUUGGCGUUGUGGGCACUCUAAUUGCGCUGGCGAUUAUGGUUCUUCCGUAUCCUAUCUUUGCAAUGAGAAAGAUCCGGCGCCACAUGGCUGCGUCUCCUCACGACAUCCGCGAUAUCUUGAACUUGAUCGUCGAUUCGUACUGUUUCCGAGCCAAAGAUAUCAAGAAGAUGGACUUCUUCAAGUUGCGCCUUGACCGGUUACUCGACAAUGCCCACGAGCGUCUCACUACGAUGGAAUCGCUGCUAAGCGACUGCUGGUGGGAGGAGCUGAUCGGACUCGGAGUUUGUUUCCACUUCAACAAGACAGUGGCCAAGCAGCUCGUAAAGCUGUACGCCAAGUUACUCGCAGAUCUACGCGCCAUGAAAUUUGCAAUCGAGGCGGAGACGUGUCACUGGACGCACGUGGUGCUGCUCCAGAAGAUGCAAACGAGGUUCUACGUGCUGCAAGCAGAGGCCAACGAUCUUCUCGAUGAUAUCUCACUCAAGAUCGUUAACUCGUCGCGAACCAUGUCGUCAUCAAAAUUCGCCAGUGUACAGCAAGCUUUGGAGCGUCUCAUGGCAAAGUACACGACGCUGUAUGGGAACCUCCUCUCGGCCGACGUUCAUUCGGCAGACGACGUGGGCAAAACCAUGCCAUUGAACGUGUUCGUGUACUCUUUCCACGUCUUCGUGGUCUCGUUGCUGGAGUUUGAGGACAAAUUCAACCGCAAGAACUUUUCAGCUCGCUACCGAGUCAAGAAUUUCAUAAAGUUGGCAUGUCGAAGUCUGCUGCAGCCUGUGAAUUACCCUCGACGACUUAUCAUCUUUGCGUUCCGAACGACUCUGGCAAUCAUCAUCGGAAUUUGCUGUGCGACUUUCAUCUUCGCCUUCAGCUCGACAGCCCCGACAGCGAUCGCUAUGGUGGCGGAGGACAAUAUUGGAGGGACAUACGGCAACACCGUGAACCGUGUGGGGGGCCUGGUGGCUGGAACCGUGGUGCCCUCCAUCUUCAGCUUCUUCGUGUGCAAAGUGGCGGACGACAACAUUUACAACGCACUGAACAACAUCGUGCUGUUCGUGUGGACAGUGGGGUCCAUGUAUGUGUGGUUCUGUGGUCGCUACAUGGCGUUGGCCGGCAUGACCUCAGCUUUCAUGGCUGCUUCGGUGCUGCUCGACCACAGCUGCCGAAGCUCCUCGGCUUCGACCACAGUAUCGUACGCAAGUCUCACGCAGAAUGCGCUGGGGAUUCUCAUCCUCAUGAUCGUAGAAGUUGUGAUCCACCCUCGGAGUGCGCGUGGUCUGCUGCGAAGUAACAUCCAGCAGUUGCUGACGAAAUACUGUGGGGUUUUCCACGACGUGUUCCGUCAUCAUAUCGCGUAUAGUCAUCCGAGAGCCACGUCGACGGGGGUUCUAACGGAGGAGGACAUUGAGAUAGCUAACGCAUUACUAAGCCCCACUGAGAUCAAGGCGCUGAGAGAUCAACUAAAAGAUACGCUCCCUGAACUUCUGAAGACGCAGGCGAAGCUUCUGAAUGGUUCUAGUAUGGAGCCGACACUGUGGAAGCCUCAGUUCUCGACGGCCAAGUACACGAAUGUCCUGAGCGUCUGUCGCGAGAUCCUCGAUCGAAUUGACGUCCUGGUGGAUCUCGUGGAUUGGCACGAGAACCGUCGAAGUAGCGGACAAGACCAGCCGUUGAGACGUUGGCAACAGAGUCGUAUCGAGGCUGAGUGUACCGCGGCGUAUGCUGCAGCUCAAGAGCCUCCUUCUCCUACCUCUGCGAUGGUUGCAGAGAUGGCAGGAGAGUCGACUACUGAAGAGUAUUACGUCCAAUCUCCGUCGUCUCCGCUGCCCAAUGUGACUACAACGUCACCUGCUGUGGCCAAGAUCAAGUGGGAUCAGAGUCUGGCUGUGGUGGAGGCGGGAGUCGAGGGGGCUCUCGAUACAUUGGUGACGUUAUUUGGCGAGGAAUUCUCAGGCUCCACAGCUGAAGACCACGCCAUCUACUUGCAGAUGAAGGAAGCUUUCCGUAUUGCUGAUGUGCAUCGUCGAGGUGUUGUCGAUGCCUCGGAGCUGAGUCUUUUACUCGAGAAACUCAUGCCGUACUCUGGCAGUCAGGGCAUUGGAGGAAUGGAGCAGUAUGUCGAUGAAUUCAUGCAGUUAGUGGACAAGGACCGAGACGGCAAAAUCUCCUUCAACGAGUUCAUGCAAGCGCUAAACGAAGGUUUCCGACUGGAAUUGGAGAUCUACGAUGAUCAGCCUCAAGUCCCAGUUGGCGACGUCAUUACUGGACCCAACGGGUCCCAGCUGACCCACUCUAAGAGCGGCCGUCUACUUCGUAAGAGUAUCCUUCGUCGAAAUUCUCUUCAAACCGAUGACCCGGAUGAUCCGUCAACUCCAGGGAGGCAGAAACGCAGCUCCAUGGUGUCACCACCAGCGCCAGAGGAUUCUCGACCUCGAGCUUCGUCAAAUUUUGUGGAUAUGGCAGUUUUUGCGUCGCAGUCUGAAUCUUCCCCUGUGAACGACCCGGAGGCAACUCUGAAGACCAACCGACGACACCGUUUCCGAGCCAUGUCGUCGGCUAGUGAAAGUUCAGCUCCUGAAGCGCUACUCAACGUCGAGGCGUUUACGCUCACAGAAGCCGCGAUAGCUCUGAAACAUAGCUACGGCGAGUGUUUGUUAGGGUAUGUGGACGAUCACAAGAAGCGGAUUACCAUGGAGGAUUUCAUCGUCAUGAGCUGCGUUAUCAGCGCUUGUGAAAAUAUCGCCGAGAAUUUGACUCGCUUGAACACACUGGCGGCCUCGUAA